UCCAUUAUUUUUUAGGUAGGCCCCUUUGGAAAAAGUCCAUAUAAGACAGAGAGGCAGAUGAGUUUUCCUCACAUAGUGUAGGGGCUUGGCAGGGCAGGUGAGAAGAAAAAGAAAAAAAUGGUGGAGGAAGUGAGCAACAAACAGGUGAUAUUCAAGGGCUACAUUAAUGGAUAUCCCAAAGAAUCUGAUAUGAUUCUCAAAACCUCCACAAUCAAACUGAAGGUGCCGGAAGGCUGCAGCGACGCCGUUUUGGUGAAGAAUCUCUACUUAUCCUGCGAUCCUUACAUGCGCAGCCGCAUGACCAAAACCGACCACAACUAUGUUCCCAUCUUUACCCCUGCCCAGCCGAUGAGUGGAGAAGGAGUGGGAAAAGUGGUGGAUUCUUCUCAUCCCGAUUUCAGAAAGGGAGAUUUGGUUGCGGGCAUAACUGAAUGGGAGGAAUACAGUCUUAUUAAAUCUACAGCCUUUAUUCGCAAAAUUGAUGAGCAGGCUGGUGUGCCUCUCUCCUACCAUCUCGGAAUCCUUGGGAUGCCUGGGUUGACUGCGUACGUGGGUUUCUACGAGAUAUCAUCUCCAAAAGAGGGCGAAACAGUGUUUGUUUCGGCUGCAUCAGGAGCUGUUGGGCAGCUUGUUGGCCAGUUCGCUAAGCUCUCCGGCUGCUACGUCGUUGGAAGUGCAGGCACCAAACACAAGGUCGAUCUCCUCAAGACCAAAUUCGGGUUCGAUGAUGCAUUUAACUAUAAAGAAGAAGCUGAUCUAGAUGCAGCUUUGAAAAGGCAUUUCCGAGGAGGGAUAGACAUAUACUUUGAUAACGUGGGAGGGAAGAUGCUGGACGCGGUGCUUCCCAACAUGAAUUUUAAUGGUCGGAUCGCGACGUGCGGCAUGAUCUCGCAGUACAACCUGACAGAGGCCGAAGGUGUCACAAACUUGUUUUACAUUAUGGCCAAACAGAUCCGGAUGCAGGGCUUUCUGUGUUAUUAUUACCGCCAUCUCUAUCCAAAGCUUUUCGAUUUAGUUGUGCCGCUUCUCAAACAAGGCAACAUUGCAUACGUCGAGGACGUCGCCCAAGGCCUUGAAACUGCGCCCGCUGCGCUGCUCGGCCUCUUCUCCGGCCGCAACGUCGGCAAGCAGCUCGUGCGUCUUGCCUCCGUCUAGCAUCACUAUUCUAUAUCACACCGCGCGUGAGACGCGCUGUUGCAAUAAUUGUGAUGUCUUAUCUAUUUACAAUUUUCAAACUCAUAAUGUUUAAUUUGUUUCAAAUAAUCUUUAAUUAAUAUCAA